CUGGAUCAGCUGACUUCACUCCGCUUCUCCUUUUGCUGCUCCGUCUCCUCCAUCGACCGAUAACGCUUCUCUAAACGCCAUUAUUUCGAGAUCUCAGCCUUACUGGCGUCAAAUUUGUAAAUUUGAGCCGAGGAAAUCUCGCUGCAGAGCAGGUUAGGGCGCCGGGUAGAUGCUGCUGGAGUGGAUGAUGAACGGACACGCUAUUCUGUACACGGGGGUCACUUUGGCCUUCUGGAGCACCAUACUUAUCGUCGGUAUCUGUUAUACCAUAUUUGACCUUGGAUUCCGCUUUGACGUGGCAUGGUUCCUGACAGAGACUUCUCCUUUCAUGUGGGCCAAUCUGGGCAUCGGCCUGGCCAUCUCUCUGUCUGUGGUGGGAGCCGCCUGGGGGAUCUACAUCACUGGCUCAAGCAUCAUCGGUGGUGGUGUCAAAGCUCCACGAAUCAAAACCAAGAAUUUAGUCAGCAUCAUCUUCUGUGAAGCUGUAGCGAUCUAUGGGAUCAUCAUGGCCAUUGUAAUCAGCAACAUGGCGGAGAGCUUCAGUGGAACAACUCCCGAGGCCAUCGGGGCAAGGAACUACCAAGCUGGUUACUCCAUGUUCGGAGCUGGUCUGACUGUGGGCUUCUCCAACCUCUUCUGUGGCAUCUGUGUCGGCAUCGUGGGCAGCGGAGCAGCAUUGGCAGACGCCCAGAACGCCAGCCUCUUCGUCAAGAUCCUCAUUGUGGAAAUCUUUGGCAGUGCAAUCGGCCUGUUUGGUGUUAUUGUAGCCAUUCUGCAGACAUCGAAAGUAAAGAUGGGCGACUAGAAGAUGCAUUCACACGCUGAGAAGAGAAAAAGACACUGCUGGAAAAUAAGAUGGAUUAUUGUGUAAAUACACCGUAAAUUAUUUAAAUGUCUCUAUUUGCCUGGUUUUGUUUUUAACCAUCAUUUAUGCAAGAGAGUGGUACACGCACGCCAGACUGCAUCGUCUUGGGAGAAACAUGAAUGUCGAAUGAGAAAAGUGAGAACAAAUCAGCAGAUGCCAGUGUUUCGCGUGCAUAUCCUGAUAUAAAGGAGUGAACGCUGCAUCUCUCUGAAGUUCAGGUCGAUGAGUCAUGCAAACGGAGGUGUUUAGAUCAGUCUGUAGUCUCGGAUUGAAUCGCUCUCAAAACUUAAAAAUAUGUGUAAAGAAGUUGGGGCAUUUCCAUUUAUUCUGACCACUCUUGGAUGAAUGAUGAGUUAAAAAUAACACCAGGAUAUUUGAAAAUAUUUGUGUGUGUGUGCGUGUGUGUAUGCUGGACACGUGAUUUUUCUUUUUUUUCCUGUGAAGCAUGAGGGUGUUUACCAUUGUGUUUACGACUGUAGCCUGGUCUGUCAGUUUCUUCUUUUUUUGUAACUGUUCUUUGCUAACAAUAAGCAAGUGGUCCUUAAUCCACGCCGUGGCCCAAAUACAGUAUUCGUCAGGCCUCUUGCUGUAAGAGUGACGGAGAAUCUCUGAAGUUUUGAAUUGGGAGUUUUGAUCUGGGAGCAUUAGUAAGGUCACUGGAGAUGCUCUUUGGGAGACCAAAUAGAGUCAGAUCACAGCAGCAGAUCUGCUCUAAAUAUGUCAUUCAUUUCCUUAGUUUCCCAAAAUGUUUUGGAACUAAGAUGUCCGAUGAGCCUCUUGAAGAUCGCUGCCAGCCAAAACUUCCGUGUUUACCCCAGAGUGUCCUCUAGUUUUUAAGUUUUAACUAGCUUCCUUUGAGUAGUUUUUACAAUUGGACAUGAAAGUGGGUUGUUAGAUGUUAGAUAGAGGGAAGACAAAAGAUUGUGGAUACCCAGAAUACUUCUCUUACUAAGACAUCAUUGACAAACUUGCAAGGAAAGACCUUAGCAGGAAGGGGGCUUUUUGGAAAUGUGUCCAAAUUCAUUUCCCGUUUCUCAAGUCAAAACUAUAUAUUCUUAGACAGGAAAGUGGACUUUAUUUUACAGAGCACCUCAGUCACUGGUAUUACCUUACACUCAGUGGUAACUUGUUAAUAUUUGCUGUCACGUCAUCAUCAUUGUACCGGACAGGGUUCCCACAGUCAUGAAAUGACCCGAAAAUGUUAUGAAUUUAGAAAAACUGUUUUCCAGGCCUGGAAAUGAUUUGUAAUUAACAGAAUGUUUCUGAAAAGUUUUGAUUACACAUUGUUUUGGCUACUUUUUAAAGCAGUGGUUCCCAACUGGUCCAGUCACGGGAUCUAGAUUCGUCCUUAGUUAUUAGGUUAGAGGUUUAGAACACAAAGAAAUAAAACAUAUUGUAAGAAUAAACAAACUGCAUUUCAGAACAAAAUCUCUGUACAGGAAAUUCACUUCAAAGUGAGUCACAAAAGUGUUUUCUGGGUUGUUUUUUUAAAACUUGACACGAUCACAAGUCACUUGCUGUCCAUUGAGAAUGGAUCAAGGACCCACAUUUGGACCGCAAACCAUCAGUUUGGAACCACUGGCUUAAAUUCUGUUCAUAAAAAUCAUCACAGUCCAAAUGUGUCCCUCGUAUCACUAAUUUAAAACCUAUUGCGAUACUGUGUGGCCACUGAAAUGUCACUAGAAUCACGUGAUGGACCCCUUUGUUGAAAAUGUUGAAAAGCUGUUGUGUAGCAGGUUAAGAAAGGCUUUGUGAAGUACCGUGUGCUAGUCAGCUAGUUGGUGGCAGGAUUGUCUAACGAGAGUUAAAUUAGCAAGCACUAGCAGUUUGGUUAUUUGCAAAUGCCAGGGAAGUUUAUAAUAUUAGCUGUAUACCUCUUUAAACUCCUGAAAUUUAUGGAAAUUUGGAAAAUAUUCUGGAAAAGGUUUAAAAAUGUAUUGGUAGAAAUGUGUGGGAACCCUGACUAGAGGUCUGAAGGAAAUAUACUGGCGUGCAGACUGGUCCUGAAUAAGAUUUUAUCUCCAGGUGGUCUGGCACCCAAAAGUAUAGGCACCGUUACAUAAUCAGCUGUAUGGAUAUUGAUUUUUAAAUAUCCAUAUUUUACAAAGAAAUCGCAUUCUAAGACUCUUCACAUUUCUUUAUUUUUUAUUGAACUGUCUUAUUUUGAAUGUAUGUCUUAACAUGUUCACGUCUUGUGUUCCCAAAUUAUUUUCUGACAUUCCGUAAAGAAGCUUAAUGUGUGUGUUAAGCCGAGUCCUGUGUGUGGGUAGAGUGCAAUUUGAAUCACAAAAUUUGCUGCAUCACAAGAAAACCGUCGUUUAAUCUUUGCUGUCAAAGCUUUCAUUAUCAGCUGCAGCGUUUCAGCUGUUUCCCACUGAUGCUGACGCGUAAAUGUGGGUGAAAACAUUAUUUUUUUUGGCAACUUUGGCUGCCAGCUCACAACAGAAUCACAGUGAUUUGGGUGUAAAAUGCUUGUAUGGAGACACGUUUGGCAAAACUUUUUGUUCUUGGUGCAUCAUUCCACAAGUUAAGAUGACAGACAGACCGUGGCUAAUUGUGAAUCGUCUCAAAUCUUUCCUGUAAUUUCCCCUCCUGCAGAGUUCUGAAUGAGCAUUGAAAUUAGACAUGGGGGGAAAUUGUCUUAAGAAUAAUUUGGACCUGGCCUCCCUACGAUGUCAAAGAUCGUCUCUGCCCGUCUGAUGGCUUUCAUAAUGAAACCAAAAUGUAACUCCCGUAUUCCUCUGGUGAACCAGGCUCUGCACCAAACGCCAGGCUUCAGUGAGUGUAGUUGGUACCGUGUGUGCAUUAUGUUGAUGUGAUGGUGAUCAGAAAAAUAAAGUCAUUGUUUUUUGACAUUGUGUAUGAUAAUAACAAAAACAGAUCUUCCUUCUGGCUUCAUAAAUGUCCUUGAGAAAAUAAAACUGUCCAAUCAA